CCACAGGUGUGCUCGAAGGCAUCACUCCUUCCGUAUUUGUCCGUAGCAGUGACGUCACGCACCGUCAAUCGAAUCAUAAUCAUUACACUACUUUAUGGUUUGAGUAACAUUAGAUAAAUUGCUUCUGAAUGAACGAAACGCCCUGCUGCUCGCGUCUGGAUUAGGUAUACACUUAUAUCUGACUGCUUAUUAUCCGCACUACUGGGAGAUAUUAAUCGAUUAGCAACACUAAUGGCCGCGGCGAGCAAAAACGGCAUGCGAGGGUUGAAUGACGACUGUUCCGAUGCAAAACGAAGAAAAGUCAACUCGGACGAUUCAAGAUACAUCGCUGCUCUUAUUCUCGCCCGUGGAGGGAGUAAAGGCAUCCCUCUGAAGAACAUCAAGAUGCUGGCAGGUGUUCCUUUGAUGGGAUGGGUGAUCAGAGCAGCGCUGGACUCUGGUGUUUUUGACAGUGUUUGGGUGUCCACUGAUCAUGAUGAGAUCGCGAGUGUGGCCAGGGCUUGGGGUGCUGAAGUGCACAGGAGGAGUCCAGAGGUGUCCAAAGACUCCUCAAGCUCACUGGAGACCAUUCAGGAGUUCAGCAGGCUAAACCCAGAUGUUGGCGUCAUCUGUAACAUCCAGGCCACGUCUCCAUGUCUGCACCCCCACCAUCUCAAAGAGGCUGUGGAGUUCAUCACCAAAGAAGGGUUUGAUUCUGUCUUCUCUGUGGUCCGGCGACACCAUUUCCGAUGGCAAGAGGUCGAGAAAGGAGAUGGCCAAUGUACUAAGGCACUGAACCUGAACCCAGUUUGCAGGCCGCGGCGUCAGGACUGGGCAGGAGAGCUGUGUGAAAACGGCUCUUUUUACUUCACUACCAAAGAACUUCUAGAAAAGGGGCUUCUUCAGAGUGGUAAAAUGAAGUACUUUGAGAUGAAGCCCGAGUACAGUGUGGAUAUUGAUGUUGACAUAGACUGGCCCGUAGCUGAACAGAGAGUGCUGAGGUUCGGUUACUUCGGUAAGGACAAACCUGAAGUUGUGAGGCUUCUGCUGUGUAACGUGUCAGGAUGUCUGACAGACGGUCAGAUCUACAUCUCAGCAAAUGGAGAGGAGAUGGUGUCAAUCAACACCAGAGACCAGGCCGGCAUCGACAUGCUGAAGAAAGAGGAAGUGAAGGUUAUUUUGAUCGAAAAAGACCCCAUAACAAAUGCCUUAGCAGACAAACUCUCACAGAGAAUGGGCUGUCCACUCCUGCAGAAAGUGGAUGACAAACUGAAGAAGGUGCAGGAACUCAUGGAGAAAAAAAGAAUGGAGUGGAAAGAGGUGGCAUAUUUAGGAAAUGAUGAGGCGGAUAUAAAAUGCCUGGAACUGGCAGGGUUGAGCGGAGUACCCAUGGAUGCCCCAACGGUGGCACGCAACCAUGCCAAAUACAUCUGCCGCAACGCAGCAGGUCACGGAGCCGUGCGAGAGUUCGCCGAACACAUCCUACUGCUGAAAAAGAAGGCGAAGUCUCAGAUGGAGCAGGACAGAAUUUGCAGAAACACAUUUUAGGAGAGAUUGUACCAUAGAGGUAUUCAGUCGGGCGAGAUUGUGAAACUCAAAUUAAAUCUUUAUGGGCAAGGGUGUUUUAAGAAUUUUCUUUUCAAGUUUUCUCUAAAAUGUUGAGAAUAAUGAUGUGAUAUAGUAAUGAUAAAGGGAAAAA